AUGACCUUCAGACUGUAUCCUCUGCUGGUGCUGAUCUGUCUGCUUCACGGCUCUGAGGGAGUCUGUCCCCCCAUGUGCAUCUGUGUAUCCGACACAGCGGGCUGCAGCUCCUGUGGCCUGACCAAGCUUCCUCAGUCCCUGCCGACCUACUCUGUCAUCCUCGACCUCAGCCACAACUAUCUGUCCUGGCUGGGUGUGGGCAGUUUCAAAAAGAUGCCCAAAUUGGAAAAACUCCUAUUGACCCACAACGAGCUUGUCUCCCUGGACGAGGGCGUGUUUACAAAUGCCUCCAGCCUCAGGUACCUUGACCUGUCCUCCAACAAGCUGCGUGUGGUGGAGCAACACUACUUCCAGGGGCUGUGGAAGCUGGAGGAGCUCCUUCUCUUCAAUAAUAAGAUCACACAGUUGGAGGCUGGGAUGUUGAAUGGCCUCAGCAGUUUAAAAAAGGCCUACUUCAGCCUGAACCAGAUCACAUACUUCCCUUUCUUCUCCAUCACAGACCAUAGUCACCCUUUCAUGUCCAUGCUGGAUCUCUCGUCCAACCGUUUGAGUCGUCUGCCAUGGGUGGAUGUGAAAGCUUUGCCCAUGCUGGUGCAGCGGGGGCUGUACCUCCACAACAACUCUCUGAUCUGUGACUGCUCCAUGUACAGCGUUUUCUGGCAUUGGGAUCUUAGGGGUUACGAAACACUGAGGGACUUUACGGAGGAGCACACUUGCACCAUCUAUGGGAACACACGAUCGUUCGUGCGGUUCCUGCGACAACCCCGCUUCUUCCGUAACUGCACAGUGGAAAAACCCAUGUCACUCCCGGUGACUGUGUUCCUGUCUAAGCUGACGGUGACAGAGGGAGAAAUGGUGCGUCUAGACUGCGAAACAUCCCUGAGUAGCAGAGACCUCUCAUUUGCAUGGCUCACCCCCAGCACGGGGUACAUAACCCAGACGAGCAUAAAUGACACUCUAAUGAGCUUGUUUCCCAACGGUACCUUGGAUAUUCAAGCAACCAAGAUCAAUGACUCGGGUUUGUACGUGUGCACAGCUCAGGAUAUGAAACACGCACUAAAUGCGACCCGGGAGGUGAAUGUGACGGUGGUGUUGCCACAAACUGAAACAUUCAACACAGGCUACACAACCUUGAUAGCCUGUAUGUUGUCCUUGUUGUCCAUCUUCGUGUACCUCUACCUGACUCCAUGUCGCUGCAGCUGCUGCACACAGCCGGGACCUCGCUCGGUUUUCUCCAGCUCCAGAAGAAGCCAUCACAGGUCUCAAAGCAGCAAGUGUGUAGUAUUCAUGGAGCCAAUGUUAACUGAAGAAAAUACUGAAUGGCCACCUAAAAGUUAA